AUGUCUGCAUCUGCACGAAUCCCUCCCAUCGCUUUGCCCUUCGUUAGUGAGCGGGCUAGGAAGACUCUUGACCUGGUCGAAGAAUUCGUCGAGAAAGAGUGCAUCCCCGCCGAAGGUGUCUUCUCCGCCCAGCUCGGCGAAGGCGAGCAGCGAUGGACCACCGUACCACCCGUUAUGGAGCAGCUGAAGGAAAAGGCCAAGAAGCUGGGCUUGUGGAACAUGUUCCUGGCCAAGAGUCACUUCAAACAAGGGGCUGGAUACAGUAACCUGGAGUAUGGAUUGAUGGCCGAGUUACUGGGAAAGAGCAAAAUUGCCUCAGAGGCUACCAACAAUGCUGCUCCUGAUACCGGUAACAUGGAGGUGAUUGCCAAGUACGGCAAUGAAGCCCAAAAGCAGCAGUGGCUGGCUCCCCUGCUGGAGGGUAAGAUCCGCUCUGCGUUCCUAAUGACAGAGCCGGAUGUCGCAUCCAGUGACGCGACAAACAUCGAGCUCAGCAUUCGUCGUGAGGGUAACGAAUAUGUACUAAAUGGUUCCAAAUGGUGGUCCUCUGGCGCCGGUGACCCCCGCUGCAAGAUCUACCUUGUAAUGGGCAAAUCCGACCCCUCAAACCCUGACACCUACAAACAGCAAUCCGUUGUCCUGGUGCCAGCCGGUCUCCCCGGUAUCUCCGUCAACAGGAUGCUACACGUCUACGGCUACGACGACGCACCCCACGGCCACGGUCACAUCACUUUCACCAACGUCCGCGUCCCUGUAUCCAACAUCGUCCUCGGUGAAGGCCGUGGUUUCGAAAUUAUCCAGGGUCGUCUCGGCCCCGGCCGAAUCCACCACUGCAUGCGAACCAUCGGCGCCGCCGAAAAGGCCCUCGAGUGGCUCAUCGCCCGUGUCAACGACGAGCGCAAGAAAACCUUCGGCCAGGCUCUAUCUGCACACGGUGUGAUUCUGGAGUGGAUUGCCAAGUCCCGGAUUGAGGUUGAUGCCGCGCGACUCGUGGUUCUGAAUGCUGCUAUUAAGAUCGACCAGGGUGAUGCUAAGGCUGCGCUGAAGGAGAUUGCCGAGGCGAAGGUUCUAGUGCCGCAGACUGCUUUAACCAUCAUUGAUCGGGCUGUUCAGGCUUAUGGUGCUGCGGGUGUUUGUCAGGAUACUCCGCUUGCGUAUUUGUGGGCGGGUAUUCGGACUCUGCGGAUUGCUGAUGGUCCGGAUGAGGUGCAUUUGCAGCAGCUUGGAAAGAGAGAGAAUAAGACGCGGAAGGAUGCUGUUUCUGCUAAGUUGAAGUGGCAGCAGCAGGAAUCGGAUCGCUUGCUUAUUGCUUCUGGCUUUAAGGCGAAGAGUCAUCUUUAG